GUGAGAGCAUUGUUGGAACGUAUCUCGUUUCCUAUCCGCCAUUAUUGUGAGAUCCAUGGAGUGAUUGUGGUUAUCUGGUGGUUAUAAGUGAUUAAUCCAUAGUGUGUGGAUUGAUACCAAUCCAAGUGUAGUGUCAAAAAUGGAUAUAUGAUGUCGACGCACUCUCAGACGAACGGGGCAAGCUUAGAAGAUUGCCACACCAAUUUCUUCGCCCUGACUGACUUGUGCGGGAUAAAAUGGAGAGUGUAUGUGUGGGACAACCCUGGCGGCGUCGGCGGCGGCUGCGGUGGCGGCGUCGGCGGCGGCGUCGGAAGCGGCGGCGGGGUGGGUCCAACUGACCCCUUCGAGGACCCGGUGCUGGUGUCGUACGCCCGCAUGAUCGCCGCCGACGUGUUGUGUGUGUGGCGGCGGUCGUGGCGGGGCCCUCAGGACCACAUCUCCCUCUCCCCGCAGCAGGCGCACCACUACGCCCACCACCACCAGCAACACCACUCACUCCGACACUCACCCAAGGAACUCUGGGUCUUCUGGUAUGGGGACGACCCCGACCUCUCCAACCUUCUCGCCCCAGAGUUGCGCAAGAGUGAGGAUAAAGGCGGAUCCUGGGAUUGGGAGACGGGCUUGUCCUACGAGUGCCGAACGCUUCUCUUUAAGGCACUACACAACCUCAUUGAACGAUGUCUUCUAUCACGUGAUUUUGUGAGGCUGGGUCGCUGGUUUGUGCAGCCUUAUGAGGGCCCAGAGGGUAUCCCGGGAAGUAGUAGCACCCACUUGUCCUUCAGUUUGUCAUUCUUUGUCCAUGGCGAGAGCAUUGUUUGUGCGAGUGUAGAUGUGCGGCAGCAUCCGCCAGUACGACAACUAACCAGGCAACAUUUAUUGCUGGCACAACAAACCAACCACGGCAUACCAGUGAUCUUGGGUCCUUAUGGGCUGAGUGGCACGCUUACUGGUGUCAGUUACCACCAUUCUGAACCUCCCAUACAAAAACUUUUGGAAGAUUGGAGGCAGUUUUUUCCUGUUGAAGCUAAAGUUCCACCCAUUGAUAUUUUGGAGCCUGAUCUUCCUGCAGCUGUUGAAGUUAUUGUAGGUGGACACAAGAUGCGUUACCCAACAUCUUACGUGUUAGUGACGGACAUGGAUGACUACCUGAUGGCGAGUCGAGGCGGAAGUAUAAUAAAUGUGGGACAGAUGGCUCCAGGGGGCCUUAAGGGUGGGCUAGCAAAUGAAAGCUCUUCAGAGGGUAGUGAUGGGUCCAACCUUCCCACCCAUAAUUCUCCCUUCACUGCUUCAACUCAUACAUUAUUAGCUUCGGAGUAUCUAAGUUGCGGUGGACGAGGUUUAGGGUGGUCUCGUGGAAUGUGCGAACGCGUUUGGCAAGAUAUAGUACAAUGUCCAGGUCAGCAGCCUCCAGUACAGCAUGAUGGCCUCACUCCAGAAGGAACGUUGACACCUGCUGAGAUAGCCGGCCAGUGGGACUUCUCCGACCCUGCAACAAAAAUCAGUUGUUCCUGUGCCAAAUGCAGAAGGGGUCGGGUCAGUAGUAAUGGGUGUAGCAGCAGUAAGGGCCGGGGAGAGAAAAGUGGUUGGGGAGGCGGGCGUCAACGAGGGGGCAGGUCGGCGAGCGGCUGUGCCCCCUUCCACAAGCGGCCCCCUCCAACUCCCCUACCCUCGCACGACGAGGCAGUCCUCGACCAGUGUGGCGUGGCAGCCAUCGAAGAAUCUGAACUAAUCCAGGCUGCUGCCAGAUUGAGUGGGGCUGGGACACCUGGUGGUGGAAAUGGAAGCGGGGGGUUUGGAGGCUAUAAAGGAGGCGGGGUGACCACUCCCGGAAGUGUGCCUAGCUUACGGUUGACGGGAAUAGCAGACGGACCGCCACCUUCGGUAGAUUCUCCCGCAUCUAUAACACCAUCGCCCCUUCCUACACCUCAUUCCCAACCUUCAUCUGUACCUCAUCAUGACCCCUCCAUGCCAACAUUAAGCCCUCAUCCACCUCCAUCUAAUACGUCAGUUGGUGACCCUUCUACCCCUGCACCCCUCGAUUUAUUAGAUGCAAAACCCAACAUGUCUGACAUCAUGGGUCCUAAGUCUGUAUCAUCGCCUAACAACCAGGGUAUGUCUCCAUAUGCUGGAGGUGACAGAGGGAAUGGCAUUGAAUCAAACGAUACCAGCAGUAGUUUGGGAGGUGUUGGAAGCAGCAACGGUUCUGUGAGAGGACUGAAGCGACCCUCUCUUCCCGGCACAGACUACCAUUCCCUUUUGGAAUUGGAGAAACCCAGCCCCGUCCUGUAUGACUACACCAAAUUAAAUGCGUGGCUUCAUCAUCCUGUAAAGAAGUUUAAACCAACAGAAGUUAAAAUUGAAGAACCUCUUUGGCCUCCGUAUAGACCGGCUCACAUACAAGAACACAUGGAGCCAUAUAGAGCAGAGAUGGGCCAGGAGAUUCCAGAAAUGAAUGGGUUACCCAUCAAACAUUCAUGUUGUAUCAAGAGAGAAGCUGACCCAUAUGACUUUGAUGACGAUCUUGGCUCCGGCACCACGCAGGAGGGAUAUAAACGUAAAGAUGGGCUUGAUAAAGAGGAUGUCAAAACCCCGGGCAGUGUUCGAUCAUCUCACGAUCCACAUUCUCCCUCUCAAACAAAGAAAACUGGAAAUUUGUAUACAAUAGAAGGUCUUCAGCCUUCUUUAUCAGAUUUAGAUGAAAUCUUUGAUUCAGAUUCUCCUGUGGAUGAAGUGACAUUCCCAGACCACACGCCGCCUGGAUCUAACAAACCUUCUGGAGGACCCGAGGACACUGCUGCAGUCAUUAAUAAUAAAAGCAGUGGAGGUGGAAAUAACAAAUCCAGUGUGAAUACGAGUCUUGUGGAGUUGACCAAGAUGUUUCCGACACCCCCAUCCCACGAACACAAUCCCGACCACGACACUGCUUUAGAUGAUGCAGCAUCUCAGGUCAUCAGUAUUAAGCAGGAGCGUAUAGAAGAACCUAGGAUCAUAAAUACGCUCGAACCCUCUGGUAUUCCCAUUAAAGAAGAACCGGCACAGAUUCUUGCCGUUUUCCGGCCGCCGUCUGUGGCCAUGUUCGUUGGAUCAACAAAGUAUGCUCCACUCACAAACCUUCCCAGUCAGGAGCAUAAAACAAUUAUCACUAUUCCAGAAGAAUGGGUGUACAAGCCUUCUUGGCAAUUUUCAGUCUCCGACAAGUCUCACGGAUCAGCUCCUCCAAUGGUCCAUAUGGGGCCCCAUCAUGGGGGCCCACCUGCUGGUGGUCAUGGUCAGAAGGUGGGAAUAUCUCCCAUAUCACCCAUGCCCUCCAGUAUUGGAGGCCCUGUAUCAGACGGUGGUCCUGGGUCUCAACGUGGUCCUGGUAGUGUUGGUGGUCCUGCAUCGGCAGGUCCACCUAUCAACUAUGAACUACCAUCGCCAGCAUCCAAUCAGUCAUCAUACCUCAACAAGACACUGCCGUCGGUAGAGCCUCCUACAAUGGGGCUUAACCAAGUACCUGAAGCAAAUUCCCUCAUUGUUAAUAUUGCACUACAAGACUCUAGUGUCAACCUGUUUAGAGAUCACAAUUUUGACUCGUGCACGAUGUGUGUGUGUAACAAUAGCCCCAAAAAUGUAGGUAAUAUCCGUGGCAAUGAUGGGACACUUUAUUUGCCGCCUACACAUUUAAGUGUGGAAGAAGAAAGUAUUAUAUGUACUUGUGGUUUCUCUGCCGUAGUGAAUAGAAGGUUAGCCUUUCAGGCUGGGUUGUUUUAUGAGGACGAAGUGGACCUUACUGGCCUCCAUGAGGCUUUAGCAACUGAACGCAAGAAACAGUCAUUACUAUUGUUAAUGGAUAAUAAAGGUGCAGAUAAUCCCGACCGUGAAACCAGUAUUCUAGAUCAGAUACCUCAGUCUAUGUUUCGUCUCUUGCAAAGCCAGUGCUUAGUAACGUUAAGUACUCCAUCUAGUGUUAUAUAUAGAUCAACAACUGUGUACCAAAAUACUAGACGAGAUAUUUUAUUAAAUUUAGUGGAUUAUAAGGAUGGAAACGAGAUAGCAUGUAUGGCGGUUGAACAGUCUCGGGGUGCAAACCUUAGUGAUAGUGAAAGUGGCUCCCCAGCAAUCAGACUACAGUGCAUGCACAAAUGGUGCUAUUACCAGUUUGAUGGUCCCAGAUGUUCGAAAGAUAUUAUACGGUGUAUGAAGGCCCUUCAGCCUCACUUACAAGAAGCUAUACAAAAGAAAGGGCGAAGAGUCAAUUGGGAACCAGUGUUCAGUGUUGACGGACCUCUCACCUGGCGACAGUUCCAUCGUAUGGCUGUGAGAGGCACGGAGGAUAUGGCAGAACCAUUACCUAUUCCCAUGCUAUUGACUGGUCAUGAUAGAGACUGGUUAUCUAUAGCACCACAGUCACUCAGACACUGGGAAAAGUUACUUCUGGAGCCGUACUCACAACAGCGAAACGUUGCGUAUGUUGUGGUUGCCCCAGACAACGAGUUUAUUCUUAAUCAUGUGCGCACCUUCUUCAAGGAAUUGUCUUCUAUAUAUGAGUUGUGUAGAUUAGGCCGGCACUCACCCAUCCAGCGAGUGUUAAGAAAUGGCAUCAUGCGGAUAAGUAAAACUGCGGCAUCUAAAGUAGCGAAUGAACCUCUUGAGGAAUGGUUCUCCCUCCUGGGCGAUUCUCACAUGUCGACUAAGCUCAAAGUUUAUGCUCAGGUCUGCCGACAUUGGUUAGCGCCACACCUAUCAACACUAAACAUGGAUAAGAGUCUCUUCGAGGUGCCUGGAUCAAGCAAAGCUAGUGAAAGGCAAGCGCCUUCCCCAAUGCCUCCUCCGUCUUCGGAAACCAUAAACAAUACUAACCCUUCCACAACACCCACACACAAUUCUGAACCGGAACCAACUUACCCUUCAAAUCCAACUGUCUCCAAUUCGCAGGGAACUGUCACUCUUGGAACUGGUGCUAGUCUGAAUGAAGUUGAGGAGGAGGACACCCCUCCGCCUGCUAUUCUUAUAUACCUAGUGGACCCCUUCAAUGUUGGCCAAGAUCACCCAGAUAUGCAUCGUCUUGUUACACUUGGGCUCCUCAGAUGUUACGAACACAUGUUGGAAGGCCUUCCCGAGAGUAUGCAGAAUAAUGUCUAUCUCCAGAUCAUCUCAUUGGAGAGCAUCCUAGAGCUGGCGAGCGAUUCCCACGAUCGAUCUCGGUACAUCGACCAACUUAAAUCAUUAGCAUUCUCAGUGUUCAUGCAGUGCAGAAGAACUCUCUCCCAUAAUGCUGUUGUCAAGUCACUUACAGGCUUCGGCCCAGCAUCUGUUUAUGAUGGUUUUCUCAAGCCCAAAGAAGCUAGUAUUGCUGCAGAAGAGAAACGGUUGGCGCCGUAUCACAUCUUUUCUCCGGCGUAUAUUCUGGCACCCAUAAAGGAGAGCCGUGGUACUUACAAAGAAGCGCAAGAAGCUUUGGGAGUACCACGGGAGAAGUCCACUAUCCUCAAUUGCACAUACUGUUUGUCUGAAGAUCAAAGAUGGCUACUGGCAACAGCCACCGAUGAGCUAGGAGAAAUUUUAGAAACCGUUACCAUCAGUAUAGAAAUUCCAAACAGAACAAGAAGAAAGAAAGCUUCUGCACGGCGUCAUGGUCUGAAAAAGCUGAUGGAUUGGAUAUUAAGUGUCAUGUCCAUUGGGGUCCAUCCCUGGCGUUUGGUUGUUGGCAGAUUGGGUAGAAUGGGACAUGGAGAAUUAAAAGGAUGGUCGUCUUUACUCUCGCGGAAGUCUCUCACGCAAGCAUCCAAAAAUCUAAAGGAGAUGUGCAAGCAGUGUGCGUAUCUCUUUCCUGGUGCUGCGCCGUGUAUACUUUCUGCGUGUUUGGUUUCCAUGGAGCCUGAUUCUUCUUUUCGAAUGAUGCCAGAUAUGUUUACGCCGGAUGAGAGAUUCGGGCAAAAUAGUCAAAACUGCAGUCUGUCUACACCACAGGAUCUCACUUGUACACACAUACUGGUCUUCCCAACAUCUGCUACUGCACAGUCAGCACAGCAGAGAUUUCAGGAUGAGCAAACAUUUCACUUUGAAAGCGAAGAUUUAUUGUUGGAUGAGGAAGCUUUAGCAGAUGACAUGGGUGGUGGCAUGGAUAUGGUCAGUGGAUUGAGACUAAACUUGAAUGAUAUUUUUAUGUUUGAAACUGGUACAAAUCAGGAUGAUCAGAUGGAAGAUGGGAGUGGCCAGAGGGACUCGUUAUCCCAACCUGGUAGUCCCACAGUGGAUGGACGUGGCAGAACUAGUCCCUCCCAGUUUUCUGGACAAGCUCGUAGCAAUGGAGUGGUUUUGGUUGAUCCGCAAGAAGCCUCUGGUGGUUCUGUCUUGCAACAACCUCUCGCUCUUGGAUAUUAUGUGUCGACGGCGUCAACUGGGCGGCUCCCAAGAUGGUUCUGGUCGUCAUGCCCUCACCUUGAAUCGUCUUGUCCGGUAUUUCUCAAGUCAGCCCUCCACCUCCAUUCUCCAGGAAUUACCCAGUCUGAAGAAUUCUUGCAUAGCACAAAUAACAAGGUCCACCCUUUGGAUUCUUCAAUCACUACCGAUGUUCUUAGAUAUGUUCUUGAAGGUUACAAUGGUCUCUCGUGGCUAGUGCUAGACCCUGCUAAACAGGACCGGAGAUCCUGCUUGCCGCUACACAUGCAAGUUCUCUCUCAUCUAUACAAUGUUAUGGCAGCCCUUGUAUGAUAGCCGAUCAUUCAACUCUUGAGCAAGUUUGCCCAUUUAUUUAUCAUUCUUCCUUUCUUUCUUAUCUCAAUUCACUCUGGUGCAAUUAAUGGGCUUUACAUGGAGAUACUAUUAGGCCACACAGUUGCAUGACAAAGUGCCCGAGACACAAAAUUAGUCUUUGUUCAAAAUAUGCAAGGUUGCUAUUAAAAAUAGUCAUAUGCUUUUUUGUAUUAAUUUCACUUUUAAUAUUUUAAGAUUCUAUCGUAAUAAACAAAUCAUAGAAUCUCUAAAAAAAAAUUACUUUUCAGAACAAUUUAAUACAGGGCAUUAUGUCUAGAAAAUUGUCAAACAAAUCAAUAUGUUAUUGAUCAAAGUAAUAAUUCAAACAAUAAUAAUAAUACAAAUGAAAGGCCUUUCAAAUUUUGUGAGGCUUAUAUCAACUGAUACACUAGCCAAAGCACAUUUAAUAUUGUAAUGUUUGUAGAGAAAGCGUGUGCCUGGGUGGACCCAGAGAGCAGACACCUAGGGAAUCGGUAUGCAUUGUUCUGAAGCACAUUAUCUGAUGACAAGUGUAUGAAGAUUAGUGGAUAGCAGUUUAACCAAAGCAUUAUUUAAAUAGGGCUGAUGCAUAAUUGUUGUAAAUGCUCAAAGGGAAGGUCAUACCUCACAAAACUUGCAUUAUGUCUUAAGAUCGCUGUAUAUACUUAAUUUAUUAUGGCCAGAAGUCCACCACAAAAGCAAUCAAAACAGUCCUGCCUUAUAAUAAUGGACAGAGAUGUAACAUAAUGGGUGGAUAAACUAGGAGCACAAGUUUAGCAAAUUAUAUUGAAGUAAAAUAAUGCUCAUAUUUCACAAGAUGUAUUUUGGAAUCACACAAUGAAUUUGCCCGAGCAAGACUAGGUGGGCCAUUGGUAUCGUGGGCUGGGUGCAGUAAACCAGUGCAUUGUUAGUGACUAGUAUCCAAGCAGGAUUGUCUGUGAUAAUGAAUAACAGAUUGAUUGUACUUCAUAAUUGGAUAUUUAUGCCUUUUUAUUAUUAACACUUGUUUCAGCAUAGCCUGGUGCUGAUCACUUCAAUAAUGUAAAUAGGCAGUGGUGUUGUACAAGCUGGGUGGGUCAGAUCUUUUUAUGCCCUGAUGUGCUAUUGCCCCGAGGCUCUCAGAGUAGUGUACAAUGUCGAUUGUACCAAUAUGUGUACAUUUCGCCUCUUGCACCUGUAGCCAAAUUGUACAUAAAUACUAUGGCAGGUGGCUCCUAAACGGAGGAUGAGUUGGCAGUAGCACAUGAGUGGCACGCAGGUUUCCCCACCUCUCUCCCAGCCCCCUCCCCCUCCCCCCACUGCUCUUGUGUACAGACCCUAGGUUACAUGUACAGUGAGACACAAGUUUUACACCUCCUGACUCUUUAUACAAGUUAAGUAUUUUCCCCCUAAUGCAACUGCCUCCAAACUUGAUGCAAAUGGAGGGGUUGUGAUGUAAAAUAUUUCUGUCAGUAAAUUCAAUUGUUUAUUUUGAGACUAACUUGAAAAACAUAAAAAAUCAAGUAGCAUGUAAGGUUAGAUAGUUUAAAGAAAGUAUUUUACAAAUGAAACAUUUGUACAAGGAGUGUAUUUUAAAAAAAGAGGUGAAUAACCAAGUGGAAGAUGGCAGAAACCUUCCAUGGCAAGUAUUGGCUUCACUCGUCCCAGAGCCUCAGGAGUCGGGCAAUCAGGCAGCUAAGUACAGCGAUCUCUUCCCUGACCCUCAGCUGCAGGUUUCUCUUGUACCAGCAUUAUAGCCAUCUCAUGUUGCUUAAACAAUAUUAGGGUGACUUUUUUAUCAUUGACAGUGAACAGCUGAGCUGUUUUUGUCCCAGUGUAUUUGCAAUAUUUGCAAAGAUGGGGUAUUACAAAGCAUUGAUGUGCUGCAGCCAAAGAUAUCAGAAAUAUGCCUGAGAGGAUGCCCACUUGGGCCAAAGGGAUUGAGACUGAAGACAAAACUUAAUGCUCUUUUAUGCAUUCUUCUGAGGUUGGGACAGCCUUACGCCAGCCAGGGUGUGUGUGGAGCAAUCUAUUUAUGUGCGUCUCGUUAAUUCUGACCUGCCUACCUGUCUACCAAGUGGAAUGUGUGAGGACUUAGUUUUGUUAAAUUUUUUAAAAAAUUUGUAUUUUACAAGGAAAUUUUAGCAUUUUAUAUGUAGAAUUUUAUUUGUGUAAACAAUUUUUGACUAUGCAGUAUUGUAGACAGAGUAUUUGCUGGUGUUUCAUCAGGUUAUGAAAAACACUGACAUUUAUUAAGCAGUUGUUGAUUCUCAUUCCAUUAUUAAUUAAAAAAAUCAUGGGUACUUUUUUUAUGACUAUUUUUGAAAGAAAUUCUGAACACUGCAAUAAGUGACUGGAUGCAAUCACAAGAAAUGAGAGAGAUUAGCUUUGUGUAGUGUGGACAGAUUACAGGUCUUAACCUGCCGUGGGUCUAGUGGCAGCUCCCUUCCUUCCUUGCUCAAUUACUAUCAUCUUCAUUGACACAACUUUCUGGCCAACUUUGUACAAAAGCAUGGAAACAACAUGUGUAUGGUUAAUACCAAAACUUCACGAAUAUAAUUUACAAACAUGCACUUGCCCUUACCAUGCACACAUGCAUUCCAACCAUGCACACUUCAUGCACUUGUGUGCACCCCUCCACGCAUGCACAAAAUACUGUGUGCACACCCACACUAUGCACACGUCCACCCCUUCCAUGCUAUUGCACAUCCACAUCUACAUGCCCCCCACACACACGUAUCAAUACACCGCAUGGACACAGAUGCCUUACACAUGUACAUUAUAUACAGUACUUCAUAUAAAACAUCUGCCAACUUGUAUACAUUCCCGCAUGCACACUUCUUCCACGACCAACACACCCAAUUCUCCUUACACCACACACACACACACUCUCUCUCUCUCUUCUCUCUUCUCUCUUCUCUCUCUCUCACAUACACAUAUGCUUGUACAGUACAUACAAACAUCAUUUGCACUCGCAUACACUUAUAUCACAUUGCAGAAACACGAUAUAAUACAUUGUGCAUAAUUAAAUAUGUUGUUAACAAAGUGGAAUCACUAAUUCCAACUUAAUUAAAAGAACCCAAGAAAAAGUGUAUCUGGGUCAUAUGGUUAUAGUUUUGAGAAUGUUAUAUUGUAUAAACCAUUACAUCAGUUGGGCAUGAAGAGGCAUUAUCUAUUGUAUUUUAUUGUUAUCAAUGUCUCAUUUAUGCUGCAAAAAGAAUAAAAUAAAUAAAUAAAUAAAAUAUAAUAUAUACCUGUAUAUAUUACAGUAUAUACAUAUAUAUUAUUUUUAUCCCUAUUAGUUUUUGACUAAAUAAAUUUUAUCCUACUGGAUUUGUCUGCACAAUAGAAUAUCAUAAUUGUUUUUAUUUGUUUGAACGAACCAUAUCUUAUAUUAAUAGGAACUUAAAAGUACUGUACUGUAGUUCUCUUUUUGUAUUUUUUAUAACUUAGAACAGUAUUGAUUGUUAACACUCAUACUUCAGACAUUGUUGGUCACUGUUAAUUCUGCACUCUCAAAUGCUGUCUCUUUUUGUCAGUCUGUCUUGUACUGUUGUGAUUAUUUUCUUGUUUAAGACCAUACGCCUCUUGUGUUUGUGAUGGGUAGCUGCUCUAGCCCGAGGGCCGUGUGAGUCCGUGCACGAGUGAGAGUGAAUGUUGGGCCAGUCAGCUCCAGCUUGACCCACUGUCAUUAUUAUCAUUGGUAUAAAAUACAAUUUUAUGUGUAAA